AUGGGUAGAAUCACCAUCUGGGUCAUCUCUUUGGUGGCAUGGGUGGCCGCCGUCUCGGGGCAGGGCCUUCACGAGCUGGCGGUCAAGAGCGGCAAGUUGUUCUUCGGCACGGUGACGGACACGAACCUGUUCGGCGACGCGGCGUACAUGGCCGUCCUCAACAGGACGGGCGAGUUCGGGCUCGUCGUGCCCGAGAACAGCCAGAAGUGGGACGCGACGGAGAAGACGCAGGGCCAGUUCCGGUUCGACAACCCGGACGCGGUGCUGGGCGUUGCGCGGGCGAACGGGCAGAUGAUGAGGUGCCACGCGCUCACAUGGCACUCUCAGCUGCCGCAGUUCGUCUCCGCCGGCACAUGGACCCCCGAGACCCUCACCCCCGUCAUUGAAGCCCACAUCGCAAACGUCGUCGGCCACUACAAGGGCGCGUGCUACUCGUGGGACGUCGUCAACGAGGCCCUCGCCGACAACGGCACCCUCCGCGACAGCGUCUUCUCGCGCGUCCUGGGCGACUCCUUCAUCCCCGUCUCCUUCCGCGCCGCCGCCGCCGCCGACCCGGCCGCGAAGCUGUACUACAACGACUUCAGCCUCGAGUUCGGGUCCCCCAAGACGGACGGCGCCAUCGGUAUCGUACGCGACCUGAAGGCGGCCGGCGUGCGGAUCGACGGCGUCGGGCUGCAGGGCCACUUCGAGGUCGGCAAGGCGCCGUCGCGCGAGGCGCUCGCCCGGGUGAUGGGCCGGUUCACGGACCUGGGGCUCGAGGUCGCGCUGACGGAGCUGGAUGUCCGGCACGCGACGCUGCCGGCGAGCGAGGACGCGGCGCGGCAGCAGGCGAGCGACUACGCGAGCGUCGUGGGGGCGUGCGUGGACAGCGCGGGUUGUGUCGGUGUCGUGGUGUGGGGGUUUUCGGACAAGUACAGCUGGAUCCCGGCGACGUUCCGGGGCGCCGGGGACGCGUGCCUGGUCGACGUGGACAUGCAGCCCAAGCCGGCGUAUGCGGCCGUCGCCGCGGUCUUGGGUAACGCGACUGCGGCAGCGGGCAAUGGUAGUGUGAAGGUUGGGAAAGCCGGGGUUGGAGGGGUGUAA